AUGUCAUCUCAUUUAGUAGAGAGGCCACCACUCCCUCACAACAACAACUGCAAGGAAGGUGAACAGCCUUUGCCCCUGACAGCUGGCCUCAAAAGUUCCUGGGUAGAACUCCCUAUGAACAGCAGCAAUGGCAAUGAUAAUGGCAAUGAGAAAAUUAGGGGGCUAGAACAUGGACCUUCCUCAUCUUCUGUCUGCAGUGGAGACAUGGAAAAGGCUCUUUUGCAUGCACAACAUGAAUCAGGACAGAGUAGUUCAAGAGCCAGUUCUCACUGUGACAGCCCUUCCCCACAAGAGGAUGGGCAGAUUAUGUUUGGUGUGCAGAUAUACGCCAGUAGGGCCCAUAUCUCAGAAGAAGAGGUUGCAGAAGAAGAGAAAGAAGUUGAUCCUUUGAAGAAAAGUGUAGACUGGGUGUCCAGCUGGUUCAGUAGACCUGGAAACAUUCCACCUAAGGAGUUCCACUUCAGACACCCCAAAUGUUCCAUUGCUUUAAGCAUGAGGAAAAGCGGGGCCAUGAAGAAAGGGGGUAUUUUCUCCACAGAAUUCUUGAAAGUGUUCAUUCCAUCUUUCUUCCUCUCUCAUAUUUUGGCUUUGGGGCUACACAUCUAUAUCGGAAAGCGACUGAGCACACCUUCUGCCAGCACCUACUGAAGGAAA